CGAAUUAUUUUCCUCUUAUACAUCGUCGGGUCAUUUCUCUACCAGCAAUAUGAAUUCGCAGUUUGAAUUUCGAAAUUUAGUUCUAAAUUCCCAAUUUCUUUGGAUUUUUCUAAUAAAUCUUAUCACCUCUGCCAAUUCUGAAGCCCUAGCUUCUCCUUAUCAGUAUCUGAAGGAUCUUUGCCCUGUUGGACAGCUUCCACUAACGGAUACGGAGCACGUGAAGACGUGUGCAAGCUUAUGUCCUCUUGGAGCAUUUUGUCAUAGGGGUAUAUGUUGUGUACCGCCACCGCAGUGCAGGCAUCCGGCUUAUAGGAUGUCUACCGGCUUUCCAUGUCUUCCAAAACGUAAGAAUAACUGCCCAGAUGGAUCAUUUUGUGUAUCAAGUAGUCAGGAUGGAAUGUCGAUAUGCUGCUCAAACAGGAGCAUUGAAAAAAGUUUCCCGAUAACAUCACAAUUAAAACUCUCCAAAUCUGCACCGUUCCCAAAGGAAAAGCCGAUGCAAAAAUCCACGUCAUCACUGAUGACGUCACUAGACUCCUCCCAAAUCUGUCCGAAAUCCCAUCCAAUUAUUGCACAUGAUGGGAAAUCUCUGGUUUUGUGCAAGGAUUGUGUUCAGGGAGUUUGCGCAAAAUUCCGCACCAGUAACGUAGAGGUAUGCUGUCAAAGUUCUGACGAUAUUUGUGGUGUUGGAAGUCAAAUUUUGAUGAAUGGAUUGGUGCCGAGGGACUGUAACAAGAAGCCAUGUGGGAUGGGCUACGAAUGUUCGCUAACCCCGACGGGUCUUCGUGUAUGUUGUUCGUUAGCCCAAUGCCCGUCAGGAGUGUUUGCGAGAAGUGUGUGCGCAGCCGGAUGUUUGAGAAAUGAAAAGUGCAUGGAAAUUCAGAAUGAGAUGUGGUGUUGUCCAUCCGAGGAAUCAUUCGGUUCAAGAAUUGAGAUGGUUUGUAGGAAUGGGGAGAAUGGAACCGGUGAAAAAUGUGACCCAGCUUUUCCGGCGUGCUCACAAGGAGCAUUUUGUGAGCUGAACAAGGAGAAGACCGCCCAUAUUUGCUGUAAGCGGUAUAAAAAUCGACUCGGCAACAGCCGUAAAACCCUUCUACCCCCUCCAUUCUACUACACUACAACUACUAUGAAGGCUCCCAUAACCAUAGCCACAACUACUGCAGAACCAUACCCUUUUGAAUCUGUUCCAAACUGCCAAGACCCUGAAGCCCGUCCACUCAUGGAAAACGGCUUCCCAUACAUUUGUGAUCAUAUCGGAGAUCCGUGUAUUCUUCGAUCAGGAUAUUCGUGUCAAGAAUCUGAUAUUGAUGAUGUCUAUGUGUGUUGUACUAUUCAAAUGAACCGAAUCCUUCCACCACAGAUUCCAAUGAUUGGGCCAUUUACGUUUAUGACGUCAUCAACUACUACAACUACUGAGAAGCCGAUUGAAGAGGAAGAAGUGAUUGCGCAGCCGACAUGCCCAUUUUCAUAUAUGCCGUCGAAAAAUGUUAAUCAAGAUGUGCAGCGUUGUCUAUCACUGUUUACGUUGGACUGCCCACUCGGCUACACGUGUCUACCAUCUUCCACUACCGACAGUUAUCUAUGUUGUAUUCGGAAGCCUGUGGUCUAUUAGGCUUAAUUAUUGAUUUUUGUUUUUUUUUUCGAAUAUUUGUGCCAAUUCUAUAUUUUUUAAAUAUUUUUUUAGCUAAUGAACAUGUUUUCAAACA